GCCGUAGAGUCUGCGGCGCCGACCCCGAAUAUGGAUGCUGCGCAAGUUGAGGCCACGGAUGGGAGCAGCCUGGUAAAGCUACUUCAAACGCAGAUCGCAAACAUCCAGAAUGAAUCCGCAAUUCCGCGCUCGGAGGAGGAAGCCCACACUGUAAUGCAGGCCAAGCUCGCUGACCUUUACAAGACAAGUCUGCUGACGAAGGUGGAAGGGAUGAGGAAAAAGGAUCCUAGGUACAAAGCUCUUCUGAAGAAGGAUGGCGACAACGACGAGGAUGAGGAUCUCGAUGAAGUCUUCGGCCAGCUAAGCGCAUAUGACAAAAAAGAGAAGAUGCACUACGACAAGAUGGAGGCAGCGGGGUACAAAUUCACCCUGGACACCACUCAAGGCAAUGAAGCUGCAGGGCGAUGGAACCGCGCGAAGGAAGCAAGCAAGACGAUCCAGGAGGAAUACAAGCAGGAGAAAGGCUGGAAGGCACAGAAGGAAUACAGGGCUAG